UUCUGUUUCACUUAACGCGGCAUCCUUUCUGACUGCAUGGCUUUACCGUAAACCCGCUCGCAAUUGAGCAAAUUACAAUUGUCCAGAUCGACACGAGAAAGCUGGACUUGUGAUAAAUGCUACAGCCUUGCUACAAAAAUCUCUGGUCAUGUAGAAUUUAAGAUAAAGAGUAAAAUCACCGCUGGGAUUCAUGGUUCAAAAAGCCGUUUCGCCUUUGUUGAAACCGUUUCGGUAGCCUGUGCAUUUCCGUACAUAGAAACAAACUAAGCAGAGUCGAGUGCAGCCUGUCUUUUAAGGGAACCCCGCUCUGUUUGCGGUAUUUCUACCUGCAGCGACCUGAAGCUUUUAUCGGGGUCAAACAACCAUCACAUCGUUUUCAGGAAGCAGGAGGAAAACUCGACAUAUUGUUGUUGCUGUGAUUUGCACAGUUAGCCCCUGCUGGUGUUCAGUGGACUGGGUUUGUUUAUGGUGCCAAACCUCGACCUGCUCGUCAGCGGAUGAAUGGCAGUGACUGCAGCGAGAGCGGCGGCGGCGGCGGGCGGCCCUGCGUCUUUGUCCCGGUUCAGGGGCGCGCUGGUCGGGGCUGUUCUGGGUGACUGUGUCGGCGGAGAGUUUGAGGGGGCGGAGGAGGUUCCCAUGGAGAACGUGCUGCGGCACCUCAACAGCCUGGACGACGACACCAAGGGAGACGGUAUCCUUGAGUAUAGUGAUGACACGGCCAUGGCGCGCUGUGUGGUCCAGUCUCUGCUCACCCGGGCCGGCUUCGACGAGCAGGACAUGGCGCGCAGGUUUGCUAAGGAGUACAGUGUGUCUCCAGGGCGUGGUUAUGGUUCUGGAGUGAUCCAGGUGUUGAAGAAGCUGUCCUCCCCCCAGCUCAGUGAUGUGUUCCAGCCAGCCAGAGACCAGUUUAAUGGCCGGGGCUCCUUUGGGAAUGGGGGAGCCAUGAGGGCGGCCCCCUUCGCUCUGGCUUUCCCAGACCUGGCUGAUGUGAAGAGGUUUGCCCGCCUGGGAGCCAUGCUGACCCACUCCUGCUCUCUGGGUUAUAAUGGGGCAGUGCUGCAAGCCUUAGCUGUCCACCUCUCCCUGCAGGGGGCGCUAGACUUGCCUCAGCAGUUCAUCAGCAGGCUAAUCACAGAGAUGGAGGAGGUGGAGGGUGACGAGGCAACACGUAGCGACGCCAGAGUCCUGAAGGAAGCAGAGAAGCCAUUCUGUGACCGCCUCCACCGAGUGAAAGACCUGAUGGAUAAGAGCAAGGUCAGCAUAGAGGAGGUCAUAUCUGAACUGGGUAACGGUAUCGCAGCUCUCCACUCCGUCCCCACUGCCAUCUUCUGUGUCCUCCAUUGCCUGCAACCCCGAGAAAACCUUCCAGAGAACUAUGGUGGCCUGCAGAGGACAAUGGCGUACAGCCUGGCCCUGGGUGGGGACACAGACACCAUAGCCUGCAUGGCUGGGGCCAUCGCUGGGGCCCACUAUGGCAUCGAGACCAUUCCUCAGACGUGGAUUAAGUGCUGCGAGGGUGCGGAGGACGCUGACGCAAAUGCAGAACACCUUCACACGCUUUACCACCAGUCACCACAAGGGGGGGUGAGCGGGACAGGAAUGCAGAGCUGUGAUGCUGGGUUGGAAAACCAGUCCGACACCUCAAACAGCACAGAGAAGUUGUGAGCGGAUUGAUUCUUAACUGGAAAUAGACAGAGGGACACACACUAAAAGCAUACACGUACAGAUACAUUGACAUCUCAAACUUUGGCCUGUUUUUGUUUUCAUGGGCACUUGUGACAUUGUGGUGAAAUAAAUUGUACAUCACUGCAUUAUUUUUUGCAAAAACAGCUCUUCUGCACUGCUAAUAUUCCUCACUGGAUCAAAUAAGUAUUGAGAACCUCAAGCUUACCCAUACAAAACUGGUUUCAAAUAAGAAUAUUAGUCACGUAACAAAGGUGAACAAAAAGAUGCAUAAGAAUUUAGUAAACGAAAGAAAGAAAAAAACAAACCAAAAACAAGCCAAGUUCUCUGACACACAUGAAUGGACGGACUUAAUUGACUAAGUGAUCGAUUUGAUUACACACAGAGGAACAAAAACGUGUCCCAUCCAUACACAUAUUUAUAAAGAGAUGCACACUUCUCUCUCCCAUUUAUGCUCUUCCCUGUUUUGUGUUGAACAAUCUUUAGUCAUGUGAAAGUUGCACCAUGAGCUCACCAUGACUGUUUUAUCAAUUUUGGUGGGAAAACUAUUAUUUAAUAAACUUUUUUUAAAAGUCA